UAAAUUUUAACAUGAAUGUUGUUAAUACACCACCGUUGCCUAGUAGUGGUUUCCGUCUGUUUUAUGAUGAGGUUGUCGCAGAUGUGCGUGCCGCGCUGCGCGAACGUCUAGGCAAAGAGAAAGUCCCAAUCGCUGAUGUGCAGCGCGAAGUAGCUCGUUUAUGGAAGGAAUGCUCUAAUCAGGAGGAAUAUCGGCAAAAAGCUGCUCUGUUGAGAGAAUCGCAUGGUACUACCGAAUCUAGCAAACCGUUAGACACGGAUGAACUUGUCAUACCGCCACAUCGUUUGCGGCGUAUUAUAGAGUUGGAUGACAAUGGUCCUAGAGUUAGCAAAGGAGCUUUAAAGGUACUAGGUCAGGCUACGACGAUCUUCCUGUCGCAAUUCGCUGGUAACAUUCACAGGCAGAUCGUGGAUACCGAAGGUAGCUAUCCGGUAAAACCGGUUCACGUAUGGAAUGUUAUUAGGAAUCCGCUACACCUCAAGUACAAGUUUCUAGAGAGUUCUGGAAAGCAGUUGGGAACUACACCCAGCGAAAGCAAUGACACAGAAGUCACUACAGCUUCUUCAGAUGAUGUUAAGAUGGGUUAUCGCAAUAGUGGUGACGCCAACGACGUACCCUUGGUGUCCACUGAGGGUGUAACCCGUACACCUGGAGCUUCGGUUGUUACCAAGCAAUCAGAACCUGGAGAGCCUACCAAGAAACGGUCAUUAUCCAUAUUAUCUUAUUUUAGUAACAUAAAACGAUCGUAAUAAUUGUUCGCCUAGUCCCCAUGAC